ACCCUAAAGAGUAAAACCUUUGUCUUCGUCUUCUGUUGUAUCCGACAAUGUCUCUCUCUCCUCUCUCCCUCGACUCCAACCCUAUUCGGACAUCUAGCUUCGCUGGCUAUGGUAUCGAUGGCUGCCAUCUCCGCCGUCCUCCGUUCAGCCACCACCGCCCGAGCUUCGUCGUCUGCUCCGCUUCCAAGCGGAUGGUUCCUUCUGCGUCGUUGAGCGUCGCCGCUGCGGACUCCGCCGCCGCCGAUUCGCUCCGGCGAAUCGAAUCGCUGAGUCAAGUCUCCGGCGUGUUGGGUUGCCAGUGGGGCGAUGAGGGUAAAGGCAAGCUCGUUGAUAUCUUGGCCGAGCAUUUCGAUGUCGUUGCUCGCUGUCAGGGUGGAGCCAAUGCUGGACACACUAUAUAUAAUGCGGAGGGGAAGAAAUUCGCUCUUCAUCUUGUGCCUUCAGGGAUCUUGAAUGAGGAUACCACUUGCGUGAUUGGAAAUGGAGUUGUGGUUCAUUUGCCGGGUCUCUUUAAGGAGAUUGAUGGGUUGGAAUCCAAUGGAGUGUCCUGUGAAGGAAGGAUUUUGGUCUCAGAUCGUGCUCAUUUGCUAUUCGAUUUCCAUCAAGUGGUUGAUGGACUUAGGGAAUCUGAGCUUGCUAAGUCAUUCAUCGGUACAACCAAGAGAGGAAUCGGUCCUUGCUACUCUAGCAAGGUGAUAAGGAAUGGCAUCAGAGUUGGUGAUCUUAGGCAUAUGGACACAUUCCCACAAAAGCUUGAUCUUUUAUUGUCAGAUGCAGCCUCGAGAUUUCCCGGGUUCAAGUAUACACCGGAGAUGCUCCGGGAAGAAGUUGAAGCAUACAAAAGAUAUGCUGAGAGAUUGGAGCCCUUCAUAACCGACACUGUCCAUUUCAUGAAUGACUCGAUUUCUCAAAAGAAAAAGAUUUUGGUUGAAGGUGGCCAAGCCACAAUGCUGGAUAUUGACUUUGGUACAUAUCCUUUCGUUACUUCUUCGAGCCCUUCAGCCGGUGGGAUCUGUACUGGUCUCGGUAUCGCUCCAAGAGUUGUCGGUGACCUUAUUGGAGUGGUAAAAGCAUACACCACAAGAGUUGGUUCAGGCCCGUUCCCAACAGAAAUUUUAGGGCAAGGCGGUGACCUCCUUCGAUUUGCGGGACAGGAGUUUGGCACGACAACAGGCCGUCCUCGUCGGUGUGGCUGGCUUGACAUUGUUGCGUUGAGAUAUUGCUGCCAAAUUAACGGGUUUGCUUCUCUUAAUCUCACCAAGCUUGAUGUGCUCUCUGAUCUUUCGGAAAUUCAGCUGGGUGUUGCGUAUAAGCGGAGUGACGGAACACCUAUUGAAUCUUUCCCUGGAGAUCUCCGUCUUCUUGAGGAGUUGCAAGUGGAAUAUGAAGUCUUACCUGGAUGGAAAUCCGACAUUUCUUCUGUCAGAAAUUACUCGGUUCUUCCAAAGGCGGCACAACAGUAUGUUGAGAGGAUUGAAGAACUCGUGGGUGUUCCCGUUCAUUACAUUGGUGUUGGUCCUGGUCGUGAUGCCCUCAUAUUUAAAUGAUUUUUUGGAGUUAGGUUUUUUGGCUCCUCGGCUGAACUCCAAAUUUGACGAAUUGAAAAUUUCUUUACCAACCCAUAAUUAAGUACUUUCAUAUGUUGCAUUGUUUUCAUCAUAUUGAAAUGAGCAGGAAGUCUGAGCUUAAAGCUAUUUGCUUUGGAGUUUAA